GCUACUAUCGAUCUUUGAAUCUCGAAUAUCGUGAUUUGAGUAUCGACGUUGCGCAGCUGAGUUCGUGUAUUCCACAGAUGGAAUUGUAUGUCAAGGAGAGCAUUGAUAGAGACAAAUGAGAUACAACAAUCGUGUAAAUCAAGAAAUUACCUAAAAAAGACGCGAGAAAAUAUAGCUGGGAAGAAUUUCUUCAGGCUUAACCAUAACAUAACUAAAAGUUUCUUAGUGUGUUUACGACCGACGUUAAUAAUAGACGGUACAAGAGAAUUAGUAAAAAUGCACCGUUCUAAAUCGACCAAGAAAAAAUUCUCUCCAUCAAAACCAGUAAAACGUCAAAUGAACACUGUUCCUAAAUAAUUUAUUUUUGAUUAUCUCAUUUUUUAUACCGAAAAUGGCUUCGUCAACUAAGAGAUCCUGGAAAUUACAGGAUUUUGCUGCUCAUACAUCAAACGUCAACUGUCUAGCAUUGGGUCAUAAAUCUGGCCGAGUGUUAGUUACCGGCGGUGACGAUCGUAAAGUCAACUUAUGGGCCGUUGGAAAGCACAACUGUAUUAUGAGCCUGAGUGGACACGCGACAGCAAUAGAAUGUGUUCGUUUCGGUCAAACGGAAGACUUAGUUUGCGCUGGAUCACAGACCGGUGUGCUAAAAAUUUGGGAUCUGGAGCAUGCAAAGCUUGCCAGAACUCUGACGGGACAUGGAAAUGGUAUUAGAUGCAUGGAUUUUCACCCCUAUGGAGAAUUAUUAACAUCGGGAAGUCUGGACAAAGCAAUAAAGUUGUGGGAUAUGAGAAGAAAGGGGUGUAUAUUCACUUACAAAGGCCAUACAGAUACUGUCAAUAGUUUAAAAUUUAGUCCUGACGGACAGUGGAUAGCCAGUGCUGGAGCAGAAGGGAAAGUCAAGCUCUGGGACUUGCGAGCAGGAAAGCAAUUGAGAGAGUUUUCUGAACACAAAGGAUCGGUAACAACUGUCGAAUUUCAUCCUCAUGAAUUUCUUUUAGCCAGUGGUAGUACAGAUCGUACUGUCCAUUUCUGGGAUUUAGAAUCAUUUCAAUUGGUUUCUUCCACGGAACAAUCACAGUCCACGGCAAUUAGGAGUCUCUACUUUAGUCAAGGCGGAGAGUGUCUUUUUGCUGGUAGUCAGGAUAUUUUGAAGGUUUACGGGUGGGAACCAACACGAACGCUUGACUCAGUACCAACAGGUUGGGGAAAGGUUCAAGAUAUAGCUGUUGCACAAAAUCAAUUGAUCGGAGCUUCUUUUCACAUAGCAAAUGUAGUCCUGUUUGUUUGCGAUUUAAAAAAAGUCGCCCCAUUCGGAGGUAUCCCUACACCUGGGUCACCCUUUAGUCACGGCAACUCGUUGAGGAAAAGUUUUUCUAAAGAAAGACCUCCCGAAUUGAAGAAGCACAAAUUAGACGUUAAAACAAUAGAGGAAGCAGACAAGUCUGGUACAGAUCCUGAGGAUGAAGUGAUGCUAGCUGAAAUACCAAAUGUCACAGAUUACAGAGAUGUCUUUCAACCAAACAGGUCUUUAUCUCGCACGCCUCCCCCUGAAUUAGAAGCUUUUGUCGAACCUGAAGAAUUGGAUCCUACACAGCCGCAAAUACUUCAAACACUGUCAACGUCAUUGUCAAAUUUGAAUACAAAUGAGUUGGAUGAAGAGCCACCAUCAAUAAUGAAGCCAGUACCAGUGCGUGUUCAUCCCAUAAAAUCUUCUCCACCAGUCCAGCGUAACUUGAUAACUUCUACAAGCCAAAUAAGAGCAAAUCUCCAGGCAAACAAUGCAAGCAAAAAUUCUAGAAAUAUAUCAACAAUCCCGCCACUUCGACAAAGUAUUACGCCACUGCUUAGCAAGAAGAAUGUUGGAAAUCAACCCUUGGGACCUCAGAGAUCAAACUCAACUUUGACACCUCGAGUCGCUCCUAUGGCUGCCAUAUCUCCGGUAAUGGAUGAUGGUAAAAUUAAAAGCAGAGCGCCCAGUCCAGAUUCUCCUAAACAUUGCCUGAAGAGGCAAAGCAGUUGUAAAGAGCGAGAACAGGGCUACGAAAGUGAUUAUCCGAUACAGAUAAACAACAUUAAACAUAGUCCGUCCGAUCCUGCUUUGAACCGGCCAAACACUGCUCAAUCACGGUCAACAUCGUUAAACAGAAAUUUUUCUAGUUCAACCCCUUUAUCAGCUCGGAAUGCAGUGAAAAAACAAAAUAAAGCUCAAAUUCAACCUAAUGUAAAGGUUGAAAUAAGGGUACCACAACUAAGGCCAGCAGUGGAAGAAAAGGUCAAAGAUGAAUUCGUUCCAAUGAUCGCUGACAAACCGAGUGGCCUUGACAUGGAUGAAUUUUUACCGAAUAGCUAUGGUGGCAGGGCAUUGGGUUACUCCCAAUUAGGCGUCCUCCCAGAAAUGUCAGAAGCCGAAGUACUGAACAGUAUGAUGCGUGGCUAUGAGUCCAUGAUGGCAGUACUUAAUAGUCGUCAUAGAUCUCUACAAAUCAUUUACUCGCUAUGGCACAGCAAAGACCUCAAGGCAGCGGUUGACUCGGCGGUAGCAAUGAACGAUUUGGCUGUUAUAGUCGACCUUUUAGGAGUUAUUACGCUUAAACCAACCAUUUGGAACUUGGACCUAUGUAAUUCUUUGCUUACCUCCAUCGGCGAUCUACUUCAAAGUAAAUACGAAAUGUACGUAUCAGUGGGCUGCACGGCUCUCAGGUUAAUACUUCGUAAUUUUUCACCUGUAAUCAAGUCAAACGUCCAAGCUCCGUUACAUACGAUCGGUGUCGACGUUUCCCGCGAAGAAAGGUACCACAAGUGCGUGUCCUGUUACGAGAAAUUAAUGUCGGUGAGAUCGUUUCUACUUACAAAGCAAAAUAUGCCUGGAAAAAUUGGCGCGACAUUUCGAGAGCUAAGUAACAUGAUGCAGGCUCUUGAGUGAAUUGAAAUUUUGUGUAUUGUCAAUUAUUGAAAAAUUUUCGGCCAACGACAAUGUGCAAUCUUUUAUUAAACGUGAAGAGAAACAUUUUCUCAUAAUCAUUAUAUUGUUUCAGUGAAAUUGAGGUAAUAAAAAUGAAAUUUCAGUGUUCGAACGAUGCCGAUUGUGAUCAUGUGCUUAAUACUAGUGAGUGAAUAAACGAAUAGCACCAAUUUGAAUACAAAAAGGAAUUGAUAAUAGUUGAAGAAGAAUGAAGAGAAAACUGUUACUUCCAGUAUGUACUGUGGAUUUAAUAAUAAUUUAAUAAUAGAUGAUCAAGUGAUAAUCGACAAGGCGUAUGGGAUAUUUACUUAAAAAAAAAAUGUUGGCCUCGAAAUACUCGGUGACGUCACACCGUUGCAGAUUGAGGACCGAUAUAAUUAUGCGUACAAUUAAUGGUUAAGUGAAUUUCCGACUGUAAUAAGGGCGGCGGGGUAAAGUGAUGGAAAUGAUAAUUGGUCUUAUACUUAUAUAAUUUUAAAAAAAUUAUUUUUUAUUGCAUAUGGUUACAGGGAUUUAAAAUUUUACGUCUUCUACAUUUAUUUCUGUUGUAACCUAACCAGAAUAAUAUUCAAAGAUCGAGCUUAUUUGAAUUUAUGCAUGUUGAAGCUUCUGAUCGAAAUGAUUUUCGGACAGCAUGAAAAUCUUCCAAGUCGAGGUGAUUUUUAAAUAUAUUUAUACAAUUUUUAACCCACAAGCAUUGUAGCCUGACAAUAUAAUGUGUCGAGAAAAAAAAUUUUGCAUAAUACAAAUUUUAUGCAAAAUUCCUGUUUUCACCCCGCUUUUCCAUGUUUUAAGUAUAUCAAGAGCCAUAAAAAUGGAUUUAAUAAAAUGUAUAAAAUCCUGAACGUUCAACUUCGACGGUUCAUUUUUCUUACUUUUUCUUGCUGGCUGAAACUUUCAAAGCUUCAAAUAAACGUACUAUUAAUUAAACUUGACCAAAUGACUGCUUGUUGAGUGAGCACUUUUUUUUUCUUAUUGAAAAUUUGCCAGUACGUCGUUUAGGAAAAACAUUGUGGUCGGUAGUUAGGGGCGAAAUUCGAUUUGAUGUCGUUAGACAUACGAUCAUAGUUUGUAUCAAUUUUUAAAAUCAUUUCAAACUUUAGAGGUAGAGUGAUUUUAUUACGAUUUAGAAUAAUGUCCCUGUGAAAAUUUGCAUGAACGCCAUAUAAUAUCUUUCGCAAACAAAAGAAAAAAGAAAUAAUAAAACUCGUACAAAUUAUCAUCGCAUGCGCAGGGUGACUGUAGUGAUUAAACUUAACGUAUUUAGAAUUCAAUAACUUGACGAGUUUCCGUGAAAAAAAUCUUUACUCGGGGAUAAGUUUUACUUCGAAAAAAGAUUUGUUUCAGCUUUUUGCCGAUUUUCUUCUAACGAAUUUUCAUAUCACAAAUCGUUGGGAGUUCAUGAAACAAAAUGGGAUUCCAUUAUUAUUUCCUGAAAGUAAGUAAUUUCCCGAGAAAUUAAAUUUGUCGACGAGAUUAAAACCCGUGAUCUUGUGUAUUUUUUUUAUCGAAACUCACCAUGUUGAUAAAUAUUGAAUUAAAUGAAAAUAUUUAUUUACACACCUUGUCGGUCUAGAUGGGGAUUUCGGUAAUGUUAAGAAAUUCAGUCGGUUUUAUAAAAAUAAUAUUUUAACUGGAUAUUCCGGUCAUUUCAGAACAACCAAGUCUAUAACCCUAACUGUAUGUCUUGCGGACUUAAAAGGUAGGGGUGUGUCACUCAUUGAUAUACCUAAACUAAUGUCACGUUUUUGGUGAUUGAUAAAUAACGUCGACGUGAUUAACGUCAUUAAUUCAUUGAUUAAGUAAUUAUCAUUAAUAUCAUACCAUUAACAUAAAUAUUGUAGAUAGGGAGACGUUUUAGUUUAAGAAAUUGUAUUUUUGCAAAAACGAGCAGUGCAUUCGUGUAUGUAUUUUUAAUGAUUAUACAGUAUUUCACACGAAACAGCUAAUUAAUGUAAUAUAGAAAAACGAAUCGUUGAAUAAACAAAUUUUGCACGCCUGGUAAAUGUUAUAAGAGAAACGAGAAUUCGGCCAUGACGAGUUCCAGCGUUCUGCGCUAUUUUCUGUCGUAUUCCUGUUUGCGUGUGACAGAGUCAUUAUUUAUUUAUCUGUUUUCUUUGAUCGGAGGUUAAAUUAUUUCAUAUUUCUUGUGCUGAUUUGUGAAUCUAAUUUUCAGUUUUUUCAUGUUUUGCUGCGUUAUUGCUCAGCAGAAAAGUUCCUGUUCACUCUUAUCGAUGUAUACUCCCUUAAAGCUUUGUUGCCUGUUGUAAUUUUUGUAUAGAUAUAAAAAAAAUUGCUUGUAUCGUAUCAAUAUUACCGAAUGCCUGCACUGAACCAUCGUCUUUCCUUUUUGUAAUUCAAUUUUCGCAUAUCACGUUUGUACGCCAUUCGCAUUCAGGCAUUAUCAGAAUUCAGCGUUGACACGCGACUCAGCACUCGACCGUUGCAUUUCGAUUCUUUUAUUACUUAUACUCAGCCCGAACCAAGUCUAAAAUUAAA